GGCCAGCGGGCCUCGGGCGGCGGCGGCGGCGGACUCGGCCGGAGGGAGCGGCCGGCUGCCGCGGGGCGCGCCUCGCCUCGCCCGCCCCGGGGUCCAUGGCCUGAGUGGCCAUGUCCGGCGUGGUGCGGACGCUCAGCCGCUGCCUGCUGCCGGCUGAGGCCGGCGGGGCGCGCGAGCGCAGAGCGGGCGCGGGCGGCGGCGGGGCCCGUGACGCGGAGCGCGAGGCGCGGCGGCGCAGCCGGGACAUCGACGCGGGACUGGCCCGCGAGCGGCGUGCCGUGCGGCGCCUCGUCAAGAUCCUGUUGCUGGGCGCCGGCGAGAGCGGCAAGUCCACCUUCCUCAAGCAGAUGCGCAUCAUCCACGGCCGCGAGUUCGACCAGAAGGCGCUGCUCGAGUUCCGCGACACCAUCUUCGAUAACAUCCUCAAGGGCUCAAGGGUUCUCGUUGAUGCACGGGACAAGCUUGGCAUUCCUUGGCAGUAUUCUGAAAAUGAAAAGCAUGGGAUGUUCCUCAUGGCCUUUGAGAACAAGGCAGGGCAGCCCGUGGAGCCCGCCACCUUCCAGUUGUACGUGCCUGCUCUGAGCGCUCUCUGGCGGGAUUCGGGCAUCAGGGAGGCCUUCAGCCGGAGGAGCGAGUUCCAGCUGGGUGAGUCAGUGAAGUACUUCCUGGACAACCUGGACCGGAUCGGCCAGCUGAACUACUUCCCCAGCAAGCAGGACAUCCUGCUGGCGAGGAAGGCCACCAAGGGCAUCGUGGAGCACGACUUCGUCAUUAAGAAAAUCCCUUUCAAGAUGGUGGAUGUGGGCGGCCAGCGGUCACAGCGCCAGAAGUGGUUCCAGUGCUUCGAUGGGAUCACAUCGAUCCUGUUCAUGGUGUCCUCCAGCGAGUAUGACCAGGUGCUCAUGGAGGACCGGCGCACCAACCGGCUGGUGGAGUCCAUGAACAUCUUCGAGACCAUAGUGAACAACAAGCUGUUCCUCAGUGUGUCCGUCAUCCUGUUCCUCAACAAGACGGACCUCCUGGUGGAGAAGGUGAAGGCCGUGAGCAUCCGGAAGCACUUCCCGGACUUCCGAGGUGACCCGCACAGGCUGGAGGACGUGCAGCGCUACCUGGUGCAGUGCUUCGACCGCAAGAGGCGGAACCGCAGCAGGCCGCUCUUCCACCACUUCACCACCGCCAUAGACACCGAGAACAUCCGCUUCGUGUUCCACGCGGUGAAGGACACCAUCCUGCAGGAGAAUCUGAAGGACAUCAUGCUGCAGUGAACGCGCACUGGCUGCCUCCCAGGGCACCGGUGCACACCUGGCCUGGGAGCCCAGGAGCGCGUAGGACAAGGGGCCGACGGAGGCUACUGGACCCUGGGCGCGCGUGAAACUACUGAAACCCAAGCUCUGGCUUCGGAGCUGAUGCAUAAACCUAGUAACACAGCUCGCCCUCUCCUCCCAGACACUUACUCCUUUGUAAUGCAGUUGAAUCAAGGCGUGUGUGUGAGUGUGUGUGUGUGUGUGUGCGCGUGCGCAGGUGCGUGUGAGUGCACACACGCUCUGCCUCUAACAACAAAAACCAGUGGCCCUGCAGAUGGCUCUCCCUCACCCUCAGGUCUUCAGCGAGGCAGACUGGCUGAAAGCUUUGCCUGACUGUAGGCGCAUGCCGAUGCUGCUAAACUCAGGGCCCCGGCCCUGGGGCCUCAAGGCCACCUCCCAAAGCCAGCGAGUUGCCUUUUAAAACUCUUUGUGCCAGUUUCCUGAUAGCCCCCGGUCCUGGCGUGUUAGAUCAGGCCGAGGGCCGCAGCUUAGAGGGUGGGAGCAGGGGCUCCACAGCAUGAACUUGCCUUAAUGCUCUGCAGCAGGCACUGGUCUUCCUGCCUUUCAGAGGGCCCAGCAUCACCGCAGAGGGUGGAAACAGCUUGCUGACAGCAAAUGUUCCUCCACCAGGUGCACACUGGUGCUCAUCACUCCAUACCCACCCUUCCCUCCCCCCACUGACUGGCAGAAACAUUGGCCGGCUCACCUGGAAGGUGACCCUGUGUCUUACAGUCAUCUUUGGAGACCUGCAGUGGCUGCAUUUCCCAUGUCCCUCUUUUGGAAGCAGUAGGGAGCUUCCGGUCCUCUCAGGCUUCUGAAAGCUGGCCAGGUGACCAGCAGAGCCUAGUGCACAGCUGCUUGGUGAGUGCCUAACACUGACCUUUUGGGAAGCCUGCAGACUAUGGAGAAAUCCAAGUUUCUCAAAACUAGCACUUACACCAGUGCCUUUAGACAACGGCCCCUAUUUUCAACGCCUCCUUAAAUUUGACUCUUCCCAGGGUCCCUUCCUCCUUGUCUGCACACAUAACAGGUCAAUACUACAAGCACAGCUCCCACCUGGCCAGAGGCUGUGCCAUCGACGUGAGCUAGUAGCCCUUGCACUCAGAUACUUGCCCAGUGACCUUUGUCCAGGUGUCUUCCACUGUGUUUAAAAACACAUCACAUUCCAAACCGGCCCCCACUGUGUUUUGCUCUACUAAAAAGUCUGUCUAGUGCGUACAGGACUUUGCCUAGCAUUUAAAUGAAAAAGCGGCUUCGUCUAUAGCCAGCUCCAGAAUGUUACUGUGGUUCAAACACCCAUCCUGGGCGCUUGCCCUCAGGCCACACUGUUCCCAGUCCUCGUGUCCCCAUUGCAUCUCUUGGCUCAUUCUCACAAGCCACAUCCACAUUCAUUUGUGGCAGAUGCUGACCCAGAAGGAGGGAAAGCCUGCCUCUAAGUCAUCCUUGCUGCCACAGUGCUCUUAGCCAGGAGGCAUCAUGAAGCUCUUCCUCUUUGGUGCUCCAGGUGUAUGCUGGUGUGCACUGGGAUUUGGCAUCUUUUUGGCUAGAGAAAAGUUGCUGUUUUUGUACUGCUUCCUGUGGCUCCUUAUCAACUGAAGGACGUGACCCAGGAUCAGUGCCAAUGACCAUGGUUUAAAGGAAAACACUCAUUGACAGGCUCCCCUGGGGCAGUUCUAAGAUCUUUUUUUUUUUUGCAGCUGGGUCCUAGGUGGUGAGUGCUCCCCACCGGGCAGUGUUCCGGGCCGUACCAGACUGCUAAGGUUCAGAGCUGCCCCACCAACCCGGGAAGGCGGUCAUGGUUCUGGUAGAGAUGCCGCCACAGCCGGUGUCAUUAGAAGCCUCCCCAGCAGGUUUAGGUCAGCCUGCCCAGGGCUGUGCGUUUUCUCUUAAACAGCCUGAUGCCCUUGCUGGCUGGCCUUCAGAGUGGGAAGCAUGUAAGUAAGCAGAGUGAGGCUGCCCAAUGGCCUGCAAGUGGGGUGUGGUGUCCCAAAGGCCUGGGGCCCUCUGCCUCUUCCCGGGAAACCCAUAAGGGCCCCCAGCUCCAGCUUCUGGGCUUCGUCAUCAUCGGAGAAGAAGGUGACUAUUUGCAAGGCUGAACUAAAGCAUUUACAACUUUUCUACACAUAGAUUAUAGCCGUUUUUGUCUACAGAAACCUUAGGCUUUUGUAUUUUUUUACUUUCACUGUUACCCUUUUUUAUUGACUUGUUGAAGCAGAGAUAGCUGUGCCUCAUCUACUAUUGCAAAAUGUAACAAUAAACUUCCUCAAAAUAA